CGGCCAGGCCCGCGGCCCGUGCCUGGCGGCACUAUGAGCCAGGCGGAGCUGUCCACCUGCUCGGCGCCGCAGACGCAGCGCAUCUUCCAGGAGGCGGUGCGCAGGGGCAACACCCAGGAGCUGCAGUCGCUGCUGCAGGGCAUGACGAGCUGCGAGUUCAACGUGAACUCGUUCGGGCCCGAGGGCCAAACGGCGCUGCACCAGUCGGUCAUCGACGGCAACCUGGAGCUAGUGAAGCUGCUGGUCAAGUUCGGCGCCGACAUCCGCCUCGCCAACCGCGACGGCUGGAGCGCGCUGCACAUGGCCGCGUUCGGCGGCCACCAGGACAUCGUGCUCUAUCUCAUCACCAAGGCCAAGUACGCGGCCAACGGCCGGUGACGCCUGCCCGGCCCCGCGGCCAGUCUCCUCUGCUGUGUCUUCCCGCCAACUACCUCGGCGUGC